AUGAAGUCUUACGAUGAGCUUUUGGAAGCGGGAGAACUCUUUGCUGAUGAAGAUGACAAGAAACGUAUUCUUUCCCUUCCUGAACUUCAGCGUGAAAAGAUCCUUCAUGACAGAUUCAAGAAAAUAAACGAUAGCCAACUUAGCUGUGUUUUAAAAGAAUUAGACCGUCAAGACAUACCAAAAGAGCCAAGACAUACACCAAAAUUUGAAGAAUGCGAUUUUAUACUUCCCCGAGACAUGAUCAUAAACAAUAUAUUUAAGCCCUUUAUAGGAAUCCUGAAAGGAUGCUUUGUAAGAGCCAUGAUUAAUAAAAAGUAUGUUAUUUGUAAAAUAAUGGCUACAAGAAGUAUUGAGCCUUAUAAGCUUCUUUCAAAGACUAGCCAAAUGUGCACUGUUGGAUUUGAUGUUGACAAUGGAAAAAAAAUUGUUGAGGGUCUGCAGGCAAAUGUUAUUAGUUCUUCGGCGAUGACAGUGGAGGAAUUUGAAAAUUUUCUCAGUGAUUUUUCAAUAGAAUCAUUUGAUGAUCUAAAGAAGAAGUAUAAGAAGGUUCAGCACGAAUUUUCAAGAAGCUUGACUGACGUGGAAGUUAAUAAAACAAUUGAAAAUAAACUAAGAGACAACCCUAAGAAACAGACAAAUACCGAAAAGAAGAUUGGGAUAAUAGCAAAGCGAGAUGAUGCCAUGCAAAGCAAAGACAAGGAGAAAGCAAUGUUCUAUCAAAAACAACUGGAGAAGAUUGAGGACGAAGAACGAGAGGAGAGAAAGAGAAAGAUGCAAGAGGAUAGUGAAAAAAGAAGAAAAGCAAGGAUUUAA